UCAUAUAGCCAAAAUAAAACUUAAGUAAUUGAAUGAAGCAAAUAAUCAAACUCAAGUUAAAAGUGAAGAGACAUUUUUAAUUUUUUAUCACAUGCUAUAUUUUAAAAUGGUUAAGGGUGUUAGAAAAAGUGGUUAUUUAUUUGAAUAUAGAUUCACUUUGCUAGGAGACACUAGAACUGGAAAAACUUCAGUAUUAAACAGGUUUAUAAAUGAUACAUUUUCUCAGAGAUACAGGCCAACUAUUGAAGACCAUAUAACACAUGUUAUAGAUCAUAAUGGCAACAUGUGUGUCUGUCUUAUGGUAGAUACAUAUGGUGGUAAUGACUUUCCAGCUAUGAGAAAGCUUGCUAUCAGCAAAGGGAAUGCUUUUUUUGUUUUUUACUCAAUAGUAGAUAGAAAUUCAUUUGACAGUGCAAAAAAACUGGUAAAAGAAAUUCAAAUGUGUAAAGAAGAAAGAUGCAAUGUUCUGAUAAUUGGAAACAAAAAUGACUUAGAAAAAGAAAGAAAAGUUCAAGCCUUUGAAGGUGAACAUUUAGCACACGAACUAAAUUCUUCAGAGAAUGUCAAAGCUGAAUUCUUUGAGGUCAGUGCAAAAAAUAACCAGAAUAUAGAGCUAAUAUUUUUUACAAUGUUAAACAUGUUUAUGCCACAAGCGGAUACUCAAGAUAUAAAAAGUGAAAAAAGUGGUUUAAGAAAAAUAAGUUUACGAAAAUCGCAAAAAAAAAAAAAGCAAGAACCAAAAGAACCAAAAAAUGACUAUUACAGUGAUAACGAAAUCCUAGAUCAUAAACCAGUUCAAUAUUUAAGGUUAAGAUCUUCAUCUUUUACAGAACAGUUAAAAUCUGAUAGUGAUGGUAGUUUUGAUAGCAACCACAAUUCUCCAAAAAGCAAAAAUGAUGAACCGGUAGGAAAAAAUUUAUUACAAAGAACCUUUGGAAGCAUGCAAAGAGUGUUUAAUAAUGAGAUACACAAAGAUAGUAAAAGAGCACAUACGAUAGAUACAACAACCUUUCCAUCAAGGUCAAGGAGCCUACAAAACUGACAUUGAAAUAUUUAAAAGUUUAAAUACAUUUAAAAUAACCAUUAUAAUUGUAUUUUAAAAAACUCA